AUGUUUAGGAGGGGGAUGAAGUCUGAAGGUGACAAGCAGCGGAAAGUCCGAUUUCGGAUCGCUUCAUCUCACAGUGGGCGAGUCCUGAAGGAGGUUUACGAAGAUGGAGAACCUUCAGACUUGCUGGAUUCCGAAUGUGCCAGUAGCUGUGGGACAGAUCACAAUAGUGGUCCAAGCGAAGGAGAAGCACAACAAAAUGGCCAUGUAGGAUCGGAGAGCAAUGAAAAUGAAAACGACCAGGAUAACUUGCUUGUGUUAGCAAGGGCUGCCACUGAGAAGGGAUUUGGUACAAGACGAGUCAACAUUUUAAGCAAAAAUGGUACAGUCAGAGGCAUCAAAUACAAAGUUAGUGCUGGCCAAGCCCUUUUUAACAACUUAACCAAAGUGCUACAGCAACCAUCAACAGAUCUAGAAUUUGAUCGGAUAGUGAUUUACACCACUUGCCUUCGUGUGGUAAGAACGACUUUUGAAAGGUGUGAACUCGUUAGGAAAAUCUUCCAGAAUCAUCGAGUCAAAUUUGAAGAGAAAAAUAUUGCUCUUAAUGGUGAAUAUGGAAAAGAGCUUGAUGAGAGAUGCAGGAGGGUGUCUGAAGCACCUUCUCUGCCUGUUGUGUUUAUUGAUGGCCAUUACCUUGGGGGUGCUGAGAAAAUUUUGUCAAUGAAUGAAUCAGGUGAACUGCAAGAUCUCUUAACUAAAAUUGAGAGAGUUCAGCAUCCACAUGAAUGUCCUUCCUGUGGGGGCUUUGGCUUCCUUCCCUGUUCAGUGUGCCAUGGAAGCAAGAUGUCAGUGUUUCGGAACUGCUUUACAGACUCUUUCAAAGCCCUGAAAUGCACAGCUUGUAAUGAAAAUGGACUGCAGCGCUGUAGGAGCUGUGCAAGCUAAAAAUAUCUUCUAAUACAGAGCCUUGUUUUAUUAACACCACUCAAGAGUUUGUUAUAUUCUUUUUUAAUG